UCUUCCGUAAGCGCCAUGUUUACAACUCCAACAUGACUGUAGAGCAGUCAUUGCUACCGCAAUCUUAUAAUAAGAACCAGCCAGAGCGUCCAGUACGUAUAGAACCCAAUGUGUUAGAGCAGAUUAAGGAGGUGACGGGUAUUGAGGACGUCAAGGUGAUCAGCCAGGCUAUAUCAGCUUGCUGUACAGAGCAGGGGAAGUAUGACUUGUCUGAGGUGGUCUCUCUGCUCGUCUCGGAAGUGGCGACCAUCAAACCCACACAGCAGAAACCGGAGCCUGUAGAGAAACCAGAGAAGGACACGGAGCAGACGACAACCAAGAUUAUCACCCAGCCCACGGAUGCCACAGAUGUCCCUGUGAACACACGCAAAUCUAAGAGUGACAGUGCAUUAGUAGUUGACCUGACCAACGAUGAAGAUCAGCUCCAGAAAGCCAUCGCUGCCAGCCUGCAGGACAACCAGGGAAUUCUGGGAGGACAGAUCUCGCGAGAGGAGCAAGAUAUUAGUAGAAUCCUUGAGGCGAGUCUGGCAGAGAGUAAAGCUGGCACCAAAAGGAAAAGAGGCGACAUUUGGUUUGUUGACCCCCUCAAUCCAUAUGAGAGGAGAAGGAAGGAGGCGUGGCCAGUGGGGCUCAAAAAUGUGGGCAACACGUGUUGGUUUAGUGCAGUCAUACAGUCAUUGUUUCAUCUUCCUAUCUUCCGCCACUUGGUGCUGAAUUUUGUCUCUCCAGCGGAGACACCACAGGGAACGCUACAGGAAAAGCGUAACCUGCGUUUCAUGCAUGAGCUGCGGCGUUUGUUUGCACUGAUGAUCGGGUCUCAGAGGAAGUAUGUUGACCCUUCUAAGGCUGUGGAUAUCUUAAAGGAAGCCUUCACUUCUCCUAGUGGUACCAGUGACAGUCAACAGGAUGUGAGUGAGUUUCAGCACAAGUUACUGGAAUGGUUGGAGGAAGCUUUCACAUGUCAUGACUCCAGACCUACAUCCCCUACACAAGGAACUAGUAGUGAAGAAUCUCUUAGUAGUGCCAAAAACCCCAUGAUAGAUUUAUUCUAUGGCCAAGUCACCACGGAUGGAUUCCAUGAAGGCAAAGCUUUCUGCAGACAGGAGACAUUUGGUCAGUUUCCUCUCCAAGUGAAUGGUUUCCAUGACAUCCAUGAGAGUCUAGAGAACGCCACGGCACAGGGAGAGAUUGAGACUGUCACUGGGGAGUCCUCAUCUAAAUCUGGCCAGGAGCAAUGGUUUACAAGACUUCCUCCUUUCUUGACCUUUGAGCUGUCAAGAUUUCAAUUUAAUCAAACAUUGGGGAGGCCAGAAAAAAUACACAACAAAUUAAAAUUUCCUAUGACAAUCUAUAUGGACAGGUAUAUGGAGUGCAAUAAAAGUGUGACAAGACAGAGGAGAGAGAAAGUGAAAAGUCUGAGGGAAGAAUUACAGCAUUUACACAGUAGAUUAGACAGGUUCACAAACUAUGGGUCUGGACCCAAGAGAUUUCCCCUGCAAGACGUGUUACAAUAUGCUCUAGAGUUUGCUCAAACCAACCCGGAUGUUGCCUGCUCGUCUCCCGCGGGCCCUGCAGCGCCCCCUGUCUGUGAUGUAGUACAAGAUGUGGAAAUGGAAUCCCCCAGGUCUCUCAACAACAGUUCAAACUUAGAAACCCCCUCCCCCUCGCUUGUGAAGUCAUCAUCAUUACCUGAUGUUGCCAUGGCGUCGCCGCAUGGUAAGCUUUCCUCCCCAGCAAAACGCCUUCUAGUCGUGCCAAAGCCUGCCCCGCGGGAAGUGUCCAGUACGGAGCUUGGCGUUCUACAGUCGUGUCUUACAAGAUGGAGGACUGAGGUGGAAAGUGACGUGAAAGAAUUACAAGAUGGUAUUAGUCGUCUGGACGAGGAAGUUGGGAACAUGUACAGUGAUGACAUGAUGAAAAAGUUCCCAUACAGACUCCAUGCAGUGUUAGUUCAUGAGGGUCAAGCUGCCUCUGGCCACUACUGGGCCUAUGUGUAUGACCACGCUAAUGGACGCUGGCUAAAGUUCAAUGACAUUACUGUGACUGAGGCAUCAUGGGAAGAGCUGGAGAAGGAAGGUAUUGGUGGCUAUCACAACGCCAGUGCGUACUGUCUGAUGUAUGUGGAUACUAGCCGAGAGGACCUUAUACAGGAUAGCAGUAGUCUAGUAGACAAGGAGACAGGUCAGAUCAGUAAUAGUACCCAGACUGAUGUGGUGAAGAAGCUGGCUCAGGAUCUACAGGACUAUAUCAGUGAGGAUAACACUAAGUUCUGUCAGGAGAUGGAAGACUGGGACAGGAAACAACAGCAAGCCGCUGCCGCCACUGUCACCACUGCUCCCGCUGCCGCCACUGUCACAACUGCUCCUGGUGCUGGGGGAGACUCAGAGGUCACUAUUGUAGGAGAGAAGAAACCUCUUAGUCCUACAGUGUCCAGUUCUGUCCAGAAUUCCCAGUCUUACCAGCAUGCUCUGCUGGCACUGAGGUCCACUGUGGAUACUCUGGAGGCUGUGCUGGGCGCCAUGACCAAGGAACAGUGGGAGCAGAAACGUCCAGAGGGACACGUGCUACAGGUGGCCAAUUUUGAGAUUAACAAGGCUGAGAAACUGAGUCAAAAACUCCCAGAGAUGCUACCUAAGAAAGACAGUAGAUUGUCACACAUGCUGGUGUAUUGUAUUGCCUGCAAAGCCCCGACGCAUUCAGUCAUUCACAGAGUGGUGAUGGAACAGAUCGCCUUCACCAGGAUAGGAGACACGGAUGCAAAAUUUAAGGCUAUAAAGGGAGCAGCUGAGAGAAAGUUAUCAGAAAUGAUAUCAGAUGCUAGUGAACAAAUGAAGAGUGAAUACAAGAAAUGGCAUGAGAACUUCAGCAAUUUCCGCCGUGUCAUCAUGUGUGUAGUGCUGGGGAUAGAAGCAUUUCAUAAAGAACGCUACCAGGAGUCGCUGCCAUAUCUUCACUAUGCAUAUCUGACCAACCGCUCCCUCAUAGCGGACGGCAACAGGAUGAAAGGCUUUGAUAACAAGCUGAUGGCCUAUUAUCAGAGGCAGUGUUUAUUGCACCUUAAUGACAUGGCCCUGCAGCAGUUUGAGGCAGAUGAGGACAUCUCUGGUGUUAGUAUCAUCAUGAACAACCUGGUGCUGCCGUGUCUACCCUCGCUGUUCCACACUUCGUACCAGGAUGACACGCUGGCCGCGGAGGAACUGAGGGAGAAGUGGUGCAAUAUUCUGGCACAGGAAGUGUCAGGUGACAAAUUGGAGAAGUUACAGGACGUGAUGUCCAAGCUGUUUGACCCACCCUCAGAGACGAGGACAAGUGUGAAAUUCCCACAGCUGAACUACAUCAAGGACUCCAGUGAAUUCCUGGAACGCUAUGCAAAAGUCAUGGAUCUGGCUGAGAAGAACAGUUACCUUGAGAUGGCAGAGAAAAGCAAAUGAUACUGACGACUAGACAACAGAGCUUUCUCUCUCUCUCUUCCUCUGUGAUCUGGACCUCAGCAGGUGCUUACGUCUCUGAGGGUCAUUCUCGUCCAACGUGGGAUGAUGUAAGCUUGCAGCCUCCUCUGCUGCCCCCUAGUGGUUCUUUCCAGCGGUUGUGAAGCAUACUAGCUAUCUAAGUCAUUACCAUACCGUCAGCUUUGUAACCUGCUCCAUAGCCACAGCUGAGAGACCCAGGAAAGAUAGCUUCUCAGUGAUCUAGAAGUCUGCCCGGUACCCUGCAGACCAUGGAUACCGCCAUGCAGUGUUGUUUACACCCUGAAAACCAUGGGGAUACAGAUGACUGUUGUGAGGACAACCUUGACAAAAGACAAACCAAAAGACAGUUCUUAGACUAGUUGACAGAGAUAUAGGGACUGAGAUAUAAAGAUGACCAACAGGGUGUUAUCUGUGCCUAGCUACUGCUACGUUGUUGUCGCCUUCCUUGACGUGAAAUGACCUUUACCUUCAGUUAUAUGCUUACCAAUUACCACUUCAAAAACUGAAUUGAGGCCCUUAUUGUGAAUUGCUGCAGUCUUUACUGUGAUUUGAUUCAAGGAUGGAAAUAGAUAUUAAUAUUUUAUCUUCUUUAGCCCACUGAGACCCGUGAAGAGGAGUGACUUGGCCUUAAAAUGAAAGUUUUUAUUCUUCAAGCUGUUUUAAACUAAGUUACCCAUAGAAUCAUAAUCCAUUGUCAUACUGGAGCUUAAGUGACAUCGCUGACAAUCAAACUUCAGUUCACAUGAAGACGGAAUUGUGAUAAGGCUGAAACGAAGUCACCUCCACAUCAGACCUAAGCUCCAUUAUGAGAUGUAAUUCUAAUUCCAUGUUCACCUUGGUCAGUUGUUCUGUCCUUUUUGUGUGGUGCUCCCACCAAGACUUCAUACCUAGGAUGUGUACAGAUGGACAGUCACUUCUUGUUCACCACUCGGCCCUGCGUUAUGAAAGCUGGGACUGUAUGAGAAGGUUGUAUACAGUUUGAGAAGGCUCAAGACUCUGUCUUGUGUUAUGAAAGCUGGGACUGUAUGAGAAGGUUGUAUAUAGUUUGAGAAGGCUCAAGACUCUGUCUUGUGUUAUGAAAGCUGGGACUGUAUGAGAAGGUUGUAUACAGUUUGAGAAGGCUCAAGACUCUGUCUUGUGUUAUGAAAGCUGGGACUGUAUGAGAAGGUUGUAUACAGUUUGAGAAGGCUCAAGACUCUGUCUUGUGUUAUGAAAGCUGGGACUGUAUGAGAAGGUUGUAUACAGUUUGAGAAGGCUCAAGACUCUGUCUUGUGUUAUGAAAGCUGGGACUGUAUGAGAAGGUUGUAUACAGUUUGAGAAGGCUCAAGACUCUGUCUUGUGUUAUGAAAGCUGGGACUGUAUGAGAAGGUUGUAUACAGUUUGAGAAGGCUCAAGACUCUGUCUUGUGUUAUGAAAGCUGGGACUGUAUGAGAAGGUUGUAUACAGUUUGAGAAGGCUCAAGACUCUGUCUUGUGUUAUGAAAGCUGGGACUGUAUGAGAAGGUUGUAUACAGUUUGAGAAGGCUCAAGACUCUGUCUUGUGUUAUGAAAGCUGGGACUGUAUGAGAAGGUUGUAUACAGUUUGAGAAGGCUCAAGACUCUGUCUUGUGUUAUGAAAGCUGGGACUGUAUGAGAAGGUUGUAUACAGUUUGAGAAGGCUCAAGACUCUGUCUUGUGUUAUGAAAGCUGGGACUGUAUGAGAAGGUUGUAUACAGUUUGAGAAGGCUCAAGACUCUGUCUUGUGUUAUGAAAGCUGGGACUGUAUGAGAAGGUUGUAUACAGUUUGAGAAGGCUCAAGACUCUGUCUUGUGUUAUGAAAGCUGGGACUGUAUGAGAAGGUUGUAUACAGUUUGAGAAGGCUCAAGUCUUUAUCACGUUUGUCCACAUUUGACCAAAAGAUGACCACCAGAUUUGGACAGUUUUGGGAUGUUGGCAUGGUUUCCUGUAAUACCAAGUGCUCUUUAAGUUGAUGGAUUAUUAGUAAGGUCAGCGUCGACUUUUUACUGUAAUUAUAGAACAAUGAAGAGGAUUUUCUGUGCAAAACCUGAGAAUUUUUUAUAAUUUUUUUCAUAAUUUGAAAAAGAAAUGCACAAAGUAUUGUACAGAGGUGAAUGCUGCUCCAAUCUUAACACCAAAAUGAUGUCAACAUAAGUAAUUAUAGCAGGUGUGGUACCAAGAUAUUGGAAGUGUGGUUGGAAGUAUCUUAAUGGAUAGGAGAAUUUCUAAGAUGCAUGAAUACUUUAGGAAACUAUUAAUUGUACAUUUUUUUAAAUUUCACACUAUAUAUUUAUACUCAGUAAAGCUGCUGUGAAGAGCUUUAUGCAGGACCUGUUUUGUAAAGGAAUUUAAGACGGAAAAUUGGUCUUCAGUCGAAGAUAGGGAUUUUUGCGUCUGUUUCAGCGUGGGAUGAAUCCAGAGUAACUAACUUAUAAAGAAACUAUUUGUCUUUCUAUUUAUAAAAUGAUUCAUAUAAGUGAAACAUUGAAGUUUACUACUUCUGACUUGUUUUAGGCCGAAGUGGAGUAAGGUUUUUGACUUAACUUUAGACCAGUUUACUCAACCUGACCUUGUUUUCACUGUCAUGUUUAUUCAACAUUUGCGCCAAUUUAUCAGUAUGUUGACCGUGCUAGCUGCCUUACUAGCCCUGUGGUGCCAUUGAUCACGUGAGCAGGUGUGAGAGACGCGUAGGCGCAAGAUUCCAAUACAGUUUCUAUAAAGUUUGAUUAAAUAUGUGGAAACGAUAAAUCUUAUCACUUAAUUGAAAUGGAAUCGUGCAGAUAUUUUUACUUAGCAGAAUUCUACAUUUUAUUUAUUUACCUGUGGAUUCCCACCACUGUAUCUUGAACAGUAAGCAAUAUUCCGGUAAAAUGCUAUUGAAAUGCAUGAACACGUCUAGUCCACUCUUUGUUGACAAUAAUCUUCACUUAAUUCCUAAUCUCAGUGAGUUCAAAUGCCGGUAUGUUGCCGUUCAGAAUUAUAUUUAUUUACGGUAGUAACGAUAUUAUGGCGGUUUACGUGUGUGGACGACAGCUAUUUUAGCAAUCGUCUCUCGCCAACAUUGAAUUCUAGUGGAGGCGCCUGUACAUUUUAUAAAGCUGAUAUUAUACCCAUGGUUCUUAUUGACUAUUAUAAGUAAAAUGUGUUAAGGCAGAGAAAUAAAAGUUCACACUGAAUGAUACUUCGUGUGAAUGGUAAA